UUUUUAUUCUUGUAUUAAAAGAGUCACUUUGUGAACGUGCAAGCGCACCUAUUUUCAAUUGUUGGCGGUUAAGAAUUUGAAGAAGCAAUAACCUAAAUAUUAUGACAGUUCUACGUCGUUGAAAAUGACGCAUUCUAAUGCAAUAACUCCCGUGCAUAUUAAGAAAUUAGGGCAUGCAAUCGAUGAGAUACGCUCCAGAGCUUUGGAUAAUAUUAUUUCCAAAUUCGAUCAUGGCUUUGGUUGUGAUUGUGAUGCUGUUAAAAAGGAACUCAUAAUGAAACUAUUUAAUUGGUUCUCCUUCGAGAUAGUAAUACAGCCAGAAAAAGCUUUAGACCUACUAUACAGAUUAGUGAAGACAAAUGACGGAAGCUUUUUAAAUGCAUUUGGCAAACUCAGAUUUCAAAAUGAAUGUCAUGAAUUAAGAUUAAAACUUGAUUCUACUUGGCAUGACAAGUUAAAUCUAAUCGAGGAAGUUGCCCUUAGUUCUAAACAGCAAGGUCCUACGGAUUCUGCUGGAACACAGUCAAAGGUAUUUACUACAGGCUCUCCAAGUAGGAACCAUGAGCAAUAUGCAGGAAGAACGUACGAUCAUCAAAUUGGAGAUGGAGACUUUGAAUCACAAUAUCCUAACAGUUCUAAUAAUGUACAUGCAUAUUCAGAUAGCACAAUACCAUUCGAUUUGACACUACAAUGCGGAGAUGGAACACACAUCUCGAAGAAAACAGAGGGUGGUAUAAAGUGGUUAGUAAUGCCAUGGCAAUCAUUAGUUACGUCAGACAAAGGAGUUUUAUCAGCAGUAGAAGAAGCAUUAAGUAAUACUAUGGAUACUAGUCUGAUAUUGCAUACUUGCCAAUUUAUAACUAACGUAAUGUUACAAGAUUUCCCUGCAGAAGUGUUCCUUCAAAGACCAGCUAUAGUUUCGGUAUUACACACACUAAUUAAUUCCAGUGGAAAUAAUUUAGAAGUCAGUAUGGGAAAUGUCGUAUCGACAGUAUUAAAAACUUUAUACAAACUUACACGUUCUUUAAGAUUUCGUAUAUACUAUUACUGCGAUCCCUGUGUGGCAAACAAAAAGCAAAAGUUGUUAGCAGGGAAUUUAGAAAGUAUCGCCUAUCCGUCUUCCGAAGAUAGAGAUAGUCCUGAGGGCGGCCUACCAGAAGCCAAUUAUCAGGCAUACCAAUCAGCGGGAACGAGCGACCGAAGUCAAAGUAUUAUGGAUAACGUUGAUGAAUCCGUACUGCAAUUGCAACAGAUGACAAUACCUAUGUACUGCAUAGAGUCUUUGAAGCACGUUAUCACAUUAUUAAGCAUUCCAAUUAAUUCUACAUUCCCAUUGAAAAAUGUUAAAUACGUUAUGGACUUGACUUAUGAGCUCGUUCAACUAGUUAUUACCAGUGUUAUGCCAACUAUUUGGCUAUGCAGGGACGGAGUGGCAUUAAAGAUUCACGAGGAUUUAAAAUCAUUAAUGCAAUUAUUCGGCGAAGUAAUGGAAUAUUUUGGGAAAUAUAGUAGCGUGGAUCAUUGCAGAAUAACAUAUCUUCAUCUCGUGUGUAUUGUUAACAAAAUGCUCAGUAAUAUCGUACCAUUAGAAUUGGCGGAUUUGGUGCUGCCAAAAUCUUUGAAAAUAUCAAUAUCAAUUGCUAUUAUAGAUGCUCCAAUUUACCUAUUGUAUCCGGGAUUACAUUCUACUCUGCAAGAAUAUGCACGUCAAUUUCAUGGAAAGAAUGAAACUGACUGUGUAAAACUAUUUGAUGAAACACGUCUAAUUAUAAAAUCAAUGAAAGCUGCUAUUUCUCUAUUAAAAGAUUCAACUAAUCGAUCUCAUCCAGAUCUAUUAAAAACAUUAUAUGCAUCAAAAUUAAGUUUGUCUUAUCAUAAAAAUUUAAUCAUUGUUAAAAAAGCAGUAACAUUUUUACAACGCGUCAAGUAUAAUGAUCUGGAUAAAGAAAGUCAAGCUAUUGCGACUAAACUAACUCUUGGCCUACUAGCAAAUGGAGAUGCUGACAUACAGUGUGCAAUGUAUACCGAAUGCCACGAUUUAGUGAAGAGAAUAUUAGGUGUCUCAUACUCUAAAGAAAGAUACACUUGGGAAAAUAUUAAAUUCUUAUUCGAACAGAGUAUAUUCACAGAAAUUAUCUGCCACGGAGUGACAAAUGAAGACGAGAAGAUCAAGGAUAUGGCAGAGGCGAUAUUGGUCUACAUGUUAAAAGGAAAGGUACAACUAGGAGAAAAUGGAUACAUACAAUUUUUAGAGGCCAUCGUACCAGUACUGGGUCUGUUGCAAUGUCUUGCACAUCCAUCUACCGCGCUCGGGAAGUGUAUAACAAAAAUGCUAGAUCCUGACCUAUCCACUAGUAUACAGCUCGCAGAUAUAGAGGUUUUGAAAGGAAACAUACGGCUUCUAUUGUCGCCCGACCAUGACAUCAGAGAGGAAGCUGUGUGUCGAUUGAUCUGGCUUCUUGGAAAGGAAAAAGAUUCUACUCAGAAAUUACCAAGAUUAUCCUCUUUACAUGGCCUUCCCCUUAGUUCACUUUGUAUCUUUGAGCGACAGAAUUCCACCAAGCAAUCACAAGGCAACUAUCAGAGAAGCAGCUUAUUGUCUGUGCUUGAAAUGCUGAAUGCUCCUGGUGUUGAACCAAAAAUGCGAAAAUCAGCUCUUGUGCAAAUUAGCGUUAUGCUCACUGACACGUCAUUGCACAAACUCUUUGUUAGCGAAAAUGGCUUGCCGUUGAUUUUAAAGAUAUUUACAAGCGCUCUGGUUGAAAAGGAAUACGCUAAUUAUCCUGACUCGGUAACACCGAUACUAACUAUAUUGAAAUUAAUCUCAUCCACGGAUAAUAUAGUGAGACAUGAUUUGUCAAUCAGAAUCGAUGUUUUUCUAAACAUUCUCAGAAGUCUCUUUUUAUUCCCUAACAAGGAGUGCGUUAGGAUUGAUGCUUCGCAUCUACUAUGUUUACUAUUGUAUGACGAAUAUAUUAUGAGACUUGGAGAGAAACACGUAGGCUCGUCAAAUCAAUUAAAUAUUUCUCUCCCUCAUAUUAUUGUCUCACGAAUGAGACUACCAUACGUUUGUAAAUCUCACUGGAAGACUAGUAUCCACAGACGCUCUGAUGUAUCGGUCCUUCAUAGCAGCAAUCAAGUUGCUUUAACAUUCGUCAGACAAUUCUGGGCAUGGGAAUGGAAUGGUGGUGUGAAUAUGUUAUGGCAAUCUUGGGAGACACUAAAUGAUUCAGAUAUUACAGAAAAACUUAUGAUACGCGAACAGGAAUUUGCUACUUUUCAGUAUACAUUACCUCAUUAUUACUGUCAGCGGCAACUUUAUAAUAUUCAAAAUUCAACCACGCAUGAUGGUGUUUCGUGUGCGCUUGACUAUCUUACAAUGUACUUGAGAUUUUAUAAUAUGUUAAAGUGCGAGCAAAUGGAUAAUAUAAGUUCAUUACCAUGGGAACAGUCAUUCGAACGAUUUUUAUUAUCGCAUCCAACCAGCAAAGAAGAUUGUGAUUUAUUUGUCAAUGUUUUAUCAUUUCUUUAUAUAUUUAUUAACGUCACAAGAGAUGAAAAGAAUAUGUGGCUCUGUAAGAUAAUGAAGAACAUGACAAAAUCGUUGGCUGAUUUACUUAGAAGUUUAGAUACAAACAACCAAGAUGUUCACCAAUCAGUAUUGAGGCUUGCGAGAGCUUGUUCAGCAAUAGAGCAACAGGAACAGACUGAUUGUAAAGAUUCGAAAGACACAUGGAUUCAUUUUAUAGAGCUUGUUGUAUCAAAUCUUUGUUUUGGAGAUCAACAACACUUUUAUAAUUUAGCUUACCUCGAUUGGCUUCUGACAUGCUUGACAUACUUGACUGGAAAGUGUCAAUGGAGUAGUCACAAAAAUUUAUUAAUAUCAUUAGGAAAUGCUUUAAUGGAACUUAUCAUAUCAUUCCACGGAGCCGGUACAGUCAGUUACAUGGGUCUAUCAAUCACAAGAAAUUCAAUAAUCUGUCUGAAUCACUUACUCCAUCAAAUGCAAACGAAUUUAGAUAAAAAUAUGUGGACUGGAUUUUGGUAUGAGGAAGGUCGUUGCCUCAGCUGGUUACCGAUGCUUUGGAGAAAUAGAGAUCCAUUGGUACGUGCAUCAGCACUGCAGUUACUGGCUGGAUUAACAAAUGCACCUCAUACAGCAUCACAGCUGUUACACGCGAUAUCAUUGGCUCCAAGUGAGUUGUGCCAUACGCUGAUUCAUAGUAUCGCAAAUCGAGAAGAAUCUUGUAUAGUCCGGGAACAAGCGUCAGUCGCAUUUAGCAACAUGAUAAAGAAUUGCAAUUCCGUGACGUUUCAAUACGCUGACUCGUUAAAGGCAAAUGCCAUAUUAAUAUACGUCGAACAGAGCAAUAUUUAUUAUGAAAUUAGUGUUUUAUGCUCGAAUCUCUAUAUGCAUCCGACAUUAGAUCUAAACGCAUCUGAUAACGAGAACGAUGAAAGCGGAAAGAUGCAAUCAGAACACAGUAGAGUAUCUGAUUAUAUGUCUUUAGUACCAAGAACUGUCUCCUAUUUAUAUAAUUGUCAGGAUGAGCUACAACUACUGUCGGUCAAGGAUUCAGAAAUAACUGACGAUGAAAAUUAUCCACAAUUUAUAGCAACGCCCUCAUUAAUUACAAGCAUUUGUACUUUAUUGAAUAAUCUAAUAGCAAUUGGUCAACAUGAGGUUGUACGACUUUUCUAUGAACAUUCCUUGGACAAAUAUUUUCUUGGGUAUCUUGAUAAAUUUUCCAACAGUCUCGAUAUUAACGUAAAGGAAGUAUACAGUAACAACGUGACGUAUUUCCUCAGGUGUUUUAAUGGGAUUCCUAAAACUAUCGAUAACAGACGUAAUUUUCUUCACUAUUGUGACAUUUUGGAAAUGUACACUGCUCUUUGCACUGUAUUAACAAACUGCAUCACGCAUGGCAAUGACUUUAUGCUGACGGCAACAUUCUCACCGGACGCUCUCUACUCACUGUUAAGUCUCCUGAAUACAGAAUUAUAUUACAUGCACACACCUAGAUUGGUAUACUUGCGUAACAGACUGUGGAAUGAAAUUUUCAAUUUGCUAUCGGUACUAUCGAUUACUGAUAGCCAACACUAUGAAUCGGUGGAAACUGCAUUGGAACUGUGCGGCACGGAAGCGAUUGUGAGAUCAAUGUGCAUAGCAAUAAAAAAUUCAACUUCAGAAUUGCAAAUGAGUGCGAUCGGUGCACUUGCAUCUUUACUCUCGCAGGAAAUACAAAGGGAGACUUCUUCUUCAAGGAACGGAGUCUCUUUAAAGUCUAUAUUAGAUACAUGUAUGUCAUCCACACUGGAUAAUCCCAAGAAUCACGCAAUAGGCGAAGUCUUAUCAAAUGUUAAUAAAUUAUCAAUUAAGAAUGCAAGCAUUCAUACAAGAAGAUCCCAUGAAAAGGAUCACAUUAAAACAAUCGGCAGUUAUGGAAAGUCAUCAAAUGAAAAAUGCAUCGCAAUUGGUUCUGAGAUAUGCAAGAUUUUAUUACAACUUUACAUUGCGCACAGCUAUGCGAGGACUAAAACGAAUCGCAAACAGUCUGAAGACAAAGAUCUCAUUGUUGGUGCUUUAACCAAUUUACUUUGCAUCUCGGCCGAAGCUAAGAAAACGGCGCUGGAUGAAAAUCUUUCAGAAACAACGUUAAUGCAACUGAAAGAACUUUAUGUCAAAUUGAAUUUACAGCCGUACGAACUCUAUAGAAAUCAUUCGGAUCGUGAGCGAAAGAUACAUCCGUUGCUGCACGACGUCAAUUGUAUUUUCACACUUCUUAUGAACUUCAUGUAUGGCAACGUGCAAGUUAAGGAAACCAUGGCUAGGGAUGGCUUGGCUGAUGUUCUUCAUAAGCUAUGGGCUUGGAUAUCAAUUAAUAAAGUUGUUUUAAUUUCUGCGUUAAAGCUCUUGGCAACAUUCACCACUAGUUGUCCAGAAGGCAAUCAAUCUCUGACAUUAACUACGACACUGCCAGGUGUCGGUCUUAGGAAAACUCCAAACACUGUAGCAUUGAUACACGUCAUAGUUCAUGUUGUUUCAAAAGAAAUUGAGAAAGCUGGACAAAAGUUUGAUAAUCAAAAACUGCACUUUGCAUUCCAUAUUUUGCGAAAUGCCGUACACACGCAUGAAUGUCGUGUGUCUAUAUCGAAGAGUAAUCUCCUGCAACUUUUCUCCAAGAUACAUCCGAUCACUACGAAACGAGUGAAACCUUGGCCUCUCGUGGAAAUGUACUGUCUUGAAUUCCUCAUUGAUUUCACGUACUACGAGGAGGGGCAGCUAUGCGUGCCCAAGGCUGUGGAUGGCUUGGAUGUACUAAUACAUUUGGCAAGAUGUUCAUCGCUCUCAACUAGAAUUUUAGCAAUUUCGACAUUGCGCAACUUGGCAUUCAAUGUAGCGAAUAGACCGCGACUGCUCAGUUCAGUGGACUUUAUCAAUCUUCUACACAAUAUCUUCAAAAAUGGCACCCUUGCAGAAAUUGGAGUGGCCGGUUCCACGCUCUGGUCUUUGGUCAGCAACAAUCAGAAGGGUAAAUUGAUAGCACGCAGUGCCGGCUUCCCACAAAGCAUCCAGGAAGUACUUGGAAGGCUAACAUUGUUAACAAUCGCCGACGCUAAACAAGAACAGGAAUUGGUGAAGAUGUUGCAAUACGUUAUGAGAAUUUUAAGCACUACCGAAAGUAAAAGCAAUGACGAGCCAGUGUAAACGAACUUUGAAGAAAUUCGGUCAAAGGCUGGAGCUAUAGCAGAGACAGGUCAUUCGUCUUCAGUCUCUUUGUGAAAGAUGAUUGAAAAAUUCCAAGAAUGGACUGGUAAUUCGUGAGAACGAAAAUGGCCAGUCAUACAGUCUACCUAGUAACUGGUUUGUCUCGUGUCUAGUGUGCGAGAAUGAUACUUUUUAUAGUGAGAGAUGAGCCUCCCAGUUAUCGAACAAUGGGCGUUUCCGAAACGUAUCGAAGUUGGCUUACAGAAAAAAAAAGAAGGGAUACAUACAGCAAGUGUGUUUGCUAUGUCAAUAGAUAAACUGUUGGAAGGAGUGGCUAAUUUUAACGUCAACAGAUGGUUAACUAAAUGUAGAGUUGUAAUUUAACUUUACAAACGGGUCGUUACGUCACGCAAAUUAAAACUACGCCGACGCAAUGACUUUGCCAUGCAAAUGAAUGUUUAUAGUUCACAAAAGUUAACUGGCAUAAACAGAAAGUCUUCCGACGACGCCUGACCUUUACACUAGACGAAAAUUUGGGGGAGUUCUACAUAAUGAAGAUUGAUUUUAUUGUUUCAAUUAUAAUAUAAAGUAAGGAACCAUCUUGUAACCAGCUGCUAAUUAAUUCUUAAGGUGCUAUAAUUGAGUUGAGACAUCGAUCAUGCUACUUAAAAAGAUACAGGUUCUUUUAGUAAUGGACCCUAUAAAUUACGUAUUUUCGUCAAACGUCUAUUAAGAGCGUUGCAGACAAAUUUAUUCCUGAUAUCAAAUCAUUGGGUAUUUAUUUACUCAAUAUACAUGAUUUUUGCGUUGAAUUUUAUAUGAUAGUAAUGUCAAUGUCUAAGUAAUUAUCAAGUCUGCUGUUUCCUAUAGGAGUGUGGGAAUAUAUUGCUGGCUUCUUUAGAACUUUGGAGCGCCUUGAUUAUUUGCUAUGAUGCGGAUGGCGUUUGUGUAAAAAUAAUUUUAUUACGGAAACGUCAAUAUUUUCCGCCCUGGGAUUAUACUUACGGACACACGAGAAAACGGGAUAACACUUAAUUAUGCAGUCAUUACAUUCGGCAUGAGUUUGGCAUUAAUUUACGUGUGGGAUAUAUUCGAUCUGCGGAAACGCAUGUGAAUGAAUCGGCAACGACUAAGAUUAAAUACAUAUGUAUAGAUCUAUUUUACAUUACUGUAUUGCCUAUUACAUUGCCAACUACUAUAUACAAAAGAUUGACUGUUCGACAGAGAUUUAUAAGUAGAAAGCAAGACUAGAUCUAUCGAUCACAUGAGACUAAUCGGAAUCAUUUUGUGAAAUUUUAAAAAUAUCUACUUUCAAACAUACGAGUCUCCAUCACUCAUCUCAUUUCUAAAGUCAAGAUCAAACGAAUCAUCUUGGUCCAGGUCAUCGUAGCCUAAAAUUCUUACCUCUGAGACUAAUGUGUAUUGUAUUUUUUGCAAGUCUAUCCUUCUUUGCAAAUUCAAAAAAAUGGUUUGGACUUUCCUUGUCGAUCGAAAGAGAUUCAUCUCAGGAGUAAGCAUUAUUUGGUUUUACCCAAAUACUUUGGACCAAGGCUUUUGGGUAUGUUAGAGUAUUAUAGAGUAGGUAGUGUAUUUUUGUAUUCUAGCAUGGAUACAUUUAUUUCCCUAUUGAGAAUGUAAAUAUUAAUUCGGUAAUGUCCUCCUGUCCAAUAAUGUAUUUAAUAGUGUAGAAGGAGACCCAUCCAAAAGCCGUAAUAACGAGCCACAGAAAAACAGGACCAACGAGGAACGAAUGAUCGUAAACUGGAAAGCUUAUGCGAGCGUGUGGCUGAUUAUAUUAUUGACAUUGGAAAAAUACUCAAAAACAGAAGAGCGCAAGAAAUGAAAAAUUUUACUGGAUUUUUAAUUCAAUUCCCAUGACUUUCCCUUGGAGUGGAAAACUUGUCUACACAGAGAAUGACAUUAAUUGUAUAUUAAAAAUAGAAUUUUUUAAGUUAAUUGUAAGAAAAACAAAACUUUCACUGUGACCGAUACGUUCUGCAGUUAUAAUACGCGAUAAUUAAUUUCAAUUAAUUUUAAAUAUGUGAGAGCCACUUGACAUUGCGCACUGAUUAUUAAUAUGUCGGUUCACUGGGAAAAAAGCUUUUCUGUAAAUACUUGUCAACUGCUUGAAACAUUAGGAAUAUAAAAAUCAUUGGAGAUAAAUUCAGUAAUAUGGAAAUGAAUUACCCUGACGUAGGCGUAUUAGUAUAAAUUUUUUAAUUUAAAAAUUCCAUAAGAUUCUCCUUGAACGGUGAAAUUAUUUUGAGAUGUGUUUCUUUUUAUACUACAUGCUGAAAAUUGUGUACUCAAUUCUAACAGAUUCAAAUUCUAUUCA